UGACCCGGCCGAGCCAUGGCAGCCCCGGUACAGGCCCCGGGGGAGGCCCCGGAACCGACCCCGGGCCCCGGACACCCCCCAGCCGAGGCGCUCCGGGCCGUGCUGCGGCCCAGCGGGGCCCUGCCGGCCGAGGCGCUGCCGGUGCGCGGGUACGACUUCGCGAGCGGCCCUGACCUGGCGGAGCUGCUCCGCUCCUUCCGCACCACCGGCUUCCAGGCCACGAGCUUCGCGCGGGCCGUGGCCGAGAUCCAGAGGAUGAUCUCGGCCAAGCUGCAGCCCCUGACUCCGGAGCAGCGGGACCGGGGUGCCCUGGCGGGGCCGCGGCCGCCCUCGGGCUGCACCAUCUUCCUGGGCUUCACCUCCAACCUCGUGAGCUCCGGGGUCAGGGAGAGCAUCCGAUACCUCGUCCAGCACGGAAUGGUGGACGUGCUGGUGACCACGGCAGGGGGGGUAGAAGAGGACUUGAUCAAGUGCCUGGCACCCACCUACAUCGGAGACUUCCACCUGCGGGGCCGGGACCUGCGGGAAAAUGGCAUCAACAGGAUCGGGAACCUGCUGGUGCCCAACGACAACUACUGCAAGUUUGAGGACUGGCUGAUGCCCAUCCUGGACCAGAUGGUGGAGGAGCAGGACACGCAGGGUGUGCAGUGGACACCGUCCCGGAUGAUCGCACGGCUGGGGAAGGAGAUCAACCACCCUGAGUCGGUCUGUUAUUGGGCCCAGAAGAACAACAUCCCAGUGCUGAGCCCAGCGCUCACCGACGGCUCCCUUGGGGACAUGAUCUUCUUCCACUCCUACAAGCGCCCAGGGCUGGUGCUGGACAUUGUGGCGGACUUACGACUCAUCAACACCCAGGCCAUCUUCGCCCACAAGACUGGGAUGAUCAUCCUGGGCGGGGGCCUGGUCAAGCACCACAUCGCCAACGCCAACCUCAUGCGGAAUGGCGCUGACUUCUCCGUGUACGUGAACACGGCGCAGGAGUUCGACGGCUCUGACUCGGGUGCGCGGCCGGACGAGGCCGUGUCCUGGGGCAAGAUCCGCAUGGAUGCCACCCCCGUCAAGGUUUAUGCCGAUGCAUCACUGGUGUUCCCGUUGCUGGUGGCCGAGACCUUUGCCCGCAGCGCCGAUGCCUUCCCGGUGCCAGGGGGGCACUGAGGGACUCCCCAGCUCAGGGGCGACCCCCACACAUCCCCAGGGCGGGGGACAGUGGGGUGACACCCUGAGGGGGUACAGGAGCCCUCCACACCUGCCCUCCCCUGUCCCUGUGUCCUCCUUGUGCCCAUCCCCCUCCCCACUGCUUGUAUUUAUUUGAGCUUCUAAUAAAUCACUGCAGGGUCUCCACUCAAA